AUGUACGCGCGACACCGUUUUCCUGCCGAGCGCAACGCCGGCGACGGUGGCGCGGGCAUGUCCGACACCCUGGCUGAGUUUGAGGCGGGGGACUGGAAGUUGGAGAGGCGGUGGCGGCUGCUGGCGUUCGACGGGCAGGGCGUGGUCGUCGCGGAUUACGACUUCAAGGGCGGCCGCGUCCACAGCCUGGAGCGCUCCGCGUCGGUCGCUUCGCACGUUGUCGUCGUCACAGCCGCGUCAGUUGCGGCCAACGGCGGCCCCCCCGCCCCUGCCGCGCCGCCCAAUGUGCGCGCGCUCGUGCUGCCCGUGGAUCUGGCGGCGCCUGCAGUGGCGCACGCGGCGCUCAGGUGGCAGUGCGGCGCUGCGCCGGGGCGCGGCACGGCGGCAGCCGGCGAGGUGCCCUUGCAGGAGGGCACAACCCACCUGGCUGUAGCAGAGGCGGCCCAAUCCCCUGCGCAGGGGGGGCGGCGGCAAAUGAAAACAGGCGGCGUCCGCGGCGACGAGGGUGAUGGUGGCAAUGCGGCCGGGCGGGACGCGCGACUGCUGUAUGUCGGGACGCUCGUUGGCGGCGCCGCAGCUGCGUGCGGCUCGCGGCUGUGGGUGCAGGCCGUGGUGACGGACGCCGCCGGCAACACCUCCGCCUCAUCCUGGCGCGAGGCCGCGCGCAGCCCCGACGCAGCCGCCGGGGCACACGCUGCGGGCUUCGAGGGGCAGUCCGCGCUGGAGCGACCCGGGCUGCGCGCCGCCCUCAUGAUCGCCCCCCUGGACUGGCCGCUCGUGACCCGCCUUGCUGAGGUGGCGGGGUGGGCGUUCCAUUUGGUUGUCCUGAUACUGCUUCCCAGCUGCCUCGCGGGGCCCAUUCUCUCCGUCCACGCCCGCCUGGCGCAAGCGCUGCCGCUGACCCCUGGCUGUGCUGGGCGCCGUUGCGGCGCGGCGUUGGCGCGGCGGGCGGGCAGCGGCGGGGAGAGCGGCGGCCUGGCUGCGUUGGGGGCGGCGGACGAGGGGUCGGUGGUGGCGGCGGGGCCGAGAAGGCAGGGGGGCGGCGGCAGCUGCGGGUUGGCGGCCGUCAAGGGGGUGGUCGUGAAUGGUGGCCGUCUCAUCCUGCUGCUGUGCCUCUGGCCCGUCAAGACGAUGGCAGAGUUCUGGGCCCGCACCAACGCCGUCGGCCCCGGCUGCCUCGCCGCGGCGCUGGCCUUCAACUUGCUGCUGCUCACGGGCCCCUGGCACCUGGCUCACCUCAGCGGCGGCGAGGCCGGCCUGGGGGCGCUCUUCCCCUGGGGCCUGCUGAUGCGGCCGGCGGGUGGCGGGUUUAUGGUGUACGAGUGCGCAGACCCGUCGAUCCCGGGGAUGGUGUUUAUCUGGGUGGCGUUGGUGCCCCUGACCGUCUGGCUGGCGCUCGUCUCCAACACCUAUGCGCGCGACGACCGCAAGCCUGCGCCGGCCUGGGCCACCGCCCUCGUCUCCGCAGCCCUGCUGGUGCCCGCGGCACUCUGGGUGAAGCUCGCGCUCCGCCUCGGUCUCACCUACGGCCCCUCUGCGCUGCUGGUGUCUCCGUUCAUCGGCUGGGUCCCGCCGCUCGCGCUCUGCUGGCUGCUGCUGUCGUGGCGGCGGCCGUCAGUCGCGGCGGCGCCGCUCGCGCAGCCUAAUCUUGCACCGACAACGGCAGCGCGGGCGGACGCGGGGCGGUCUGCGGGCCCUGGGCUUCCUGAGGGCACGCAGGGCGAGGCUUGCGCCCUGCUCAGCCGCGUCUCAUCGCACCGCAGCAGUCAGCUCGAAAGUUGA